UGUUAAGUUCUCCAGUUCAAAUGCAAACUGCAUUGAUAUGCUAAGCAUGGCGCUCUGGAGAAGAGUCCCUCACCGGCUGCUUCUAAUCCGCAGCUUCGUUGACGCCAGGAUCAAGUGGGUUCGUGACCCAUACCUAGACAUUGCCGUCGAAAGAGAGAAAAACCUCAAAGAAAUCCUUUCCCUCAAAAACCAAAUCCUCUCCUCUCCUUCCAAAUCCCUCCCCCUUUCCUCUCUCUCCCCUCUCAAAUCCCAUUUCAAUCUCCCCACCUCUACAUCCAAGCUCUUUCAAAACUACCCUUCCAUUUUCUCCCCCUUCCAACCCUCUCCCUCUCUUCCUCUCCACGUCAAGCUUACCCCUCUAGCCAUGACUCUGCACAAAGAGGAGCUAGCUAUUCACAACUCUCCCCCUCAUCGAAACGACGUCGUAAACAGGUUGGUUAAGCUCUUAAUGCUGACUAAAGCAGUUAGGCUGCCUUUACAUAUCUUAGACAAGUUCAAAUUUGAUCUCGGCCUUCCCACUAAUUAUAUUACCUUUCUUCUUUCUGAUUAUCCUGAUUAUUUCCAAAUUUGUGAACAUAAAAACCCUUCUGAUGGAAAAGAAACCCUUUUUUUAGAGCUUAUUUCUUGGAGGAAUGAACUUGCCAUUUCCGAAAUGGAAAAGAGAGCUUCUUUUUCUGACGGUGUGAAAUUGAAAAAAGGAUUGCCGUUAAGGUUUUCGAUGAAAUUACCCAAUGGGUUUGAUUUAGAGAAGAAGGUGAAGAAUUGGGUUGACACAUGGCAAGAUUUGCCUUACAUUUCACCUUACGAGAAUUCAUUUCAUUUAGGGCCUAAUAGUGACCAGGCGGAGAAAUGGACUGUGGCAGUGCUUCACGAGUUGUUGUGGCUGUUGGUGUCAAAGAAGACUGAAGGAAAGAAUGUGUUUUGUUUGGGAGAGUAUUUAGGGUUCGGGAACCGAUUUAAGAAGGCGCUGAUGCAUUUUCCGGGGAUAUUUUAUGUUUCGAAUAAGAUUAGGACACAGACCGUGGUGCUUAAGGAAGCUUAUAGGAAAGAUUUCUUGAUGGAGAAGCAUCCAUUGAUGGGUAUGCGGUUUAGGUAUAUUCAUCUUAUGAAUAAGUCGGAAAAGUUUCGAAAAAGAGAUGGUGUUCCAGUGUUUAGGAGGAAAAGAAAGGUUAUGUCAAAUGCUGAUGAAGGGGAAGUUAUAAAAGAAGAUGAUAAGAGUGUGGAGGAAAAUAAGGAUUUAAACUUGUUGUCUGGUUCGGGAUCUAAUGAUGGUUUUGAUGACGAGCCUUCUAAAGCUCAGGUAAUGGAUAUAUAGUCUGUAAAGGAUACACCAAUAGAUGAAUAAAGAUAAAUAUGAUUUCAGGGAGAAUUCUGCUAGAGCAAGCAUGGCUGCGUAUACUUGGCGUAUCAAUGUAUUUGAACUGCACCUAUGCAAAAGAAAGAAGCAUAAAACCAGACAUGGGCUUAGAGGGAUGAUCAGUUUCUCAGAAUGUCGAUUUUUGAAGUUAAUAUAAGUAAUUAUGAAACAGGGCAGACAAUGGGACGAUAGUUGUGCAAAUGAUGUGAACGCAAUGGUCCGAAAUUGGGCACAAGCAUCUUGGUACUAUCCAUUGAACAAUAUAAGGUCACACAUUGGAGAUGACAGAGUGACCAAGUGUAAAAGUUUUGUCUACUACAGCCAGAAAUAUUAUAAGAACUGAUUCAAUGAAUUGAACAAAACUUUUGUUUGAA